UCGUAAAAUCUUUAGUUUUACUUCGUUUAACAUAUUUUAUUUAUGAAAAACACCAAAAUAAGCAUGUAAUAGGUAAUUGGAAAAUUCUCCAGUUAAUUUAAAGUUAAAAUUUAAGGAAAAGUGAAAUGUUUGACUACAAAAUUAUGAAAUGAAAUAUUGAUUCAAUUAGCGUUUAGAAGAACGUUGGUUAUGGAAAUUCUCGUAGGCGCUCAACAUAUGUAAACAGCUGAUAGAAGCAUUUUACAGUGUGAUUAUGCAUUCGGAGUGAAAAUUUGAGUGACAUUACCCGUAGUAUAUGCAGUUGUUAGCGUCUAAUAGAUGCUUAUGUUAUGAACUUUAUUGUGAAUGGGACAUUUCGAAAACGAGAGUCGAUAAUAACAAAAGAAGUAGAACCACUUUAAAGGUUCACAAUGCCGUCGCUUUUAGAAGCGCUGGAACGGAAGUAUGGGGCAAAGGGAGAGGUAAACCCUACCAUAGACGAUAUGCCGGUAGCUAUAUUUGUGCCUAAACGUUCUCCAAGACUAAGUGUGCCUACACUGUUAGUACUCAACGAUUGUGAUAUAGACUGUGCUGGUGACGCCGCCGUGUUAGCGGAUAAAUGCGCGGAUGUUGUCGAGCUCGAUCUGGCAAACAAUAAGCUAACCGACUGGAAAGAGAUUUUCGCAAUACUGGACCAGUCACCGCGAGUCAGGUUUUUAAACCUAAGCUUCAAUCGCCUCUCAGCCCAGAUUCAAGCAGCUCAAUCGCUUCAUCCACGCCUGGAUUACCUGAGCAAUCUGGUCCUGAAUUCCACCUACGUGGGUUGGCCUAGUGUAUGUGGUCUACUCAAAACUCUGCCUGCUUUAGAAGAACUGCAUCUGAGUCUUAAUGAGUAUACUUACAUUGAUCUUAGCGGGGACGAAACUAAAAAGGAAAUCUGCGAAGCUUGCACUCGACUAAAGAACGAUUCUACAGAACCUGUUCACGAGAAGCUCAAGAAACUCCACUUUUCCGGAAACCCUGUCAGCAGCUGGCGAGAAAUAUCGAAGCUAGGUUACGCGUUCCCGAAUUUGGAGACACUUUUGGUCAACGACUGUCCUUUAUCUACUCUGGAGCCAGAUCCAUGCGAGAAAUGCGAUGAUGCAAAUGGCAACAAGAGGAGUCAUGACGCUUUUCCAUGUCUUCGGUUCUUAAAUCUCAACAACACUGGACUCGCGACGUGGGAUGAGGUGGAUCGUCUUGCCAAGUUUCAAUCGCUCAGAAGUCUGAGAGUCCAGGGUUGGCCGCUAUGGGAACGUUUCGAAUCAACGGAGCAUGAGAGAAGACUCCUGCUGGUGGCGCGACUGCCCCAUGUGCGUACGCUGAACGGAGGCGGGGCCGUGCCUGCGGAGGAGAGGGACUCGGCCGAGCGAGCAUUCAUCAGGUACUACAUGGAGAAACCUGAGGCCGACCGUCCUGACCGAUACUGGGAGUUGGUGGGCGUGCAUGGCAAAUUGGACCCGCUCGUGUCCGUUGACUUGAGGCCCGAAAAGCGAGUGCAGAUCACGUUCACGUGUGGCGAAGUCAGCGAAAUUAGAACUGUGGAUGUUUACAGAACGGUUUCGGAUCUGAAGACGAGACUGGAGCGCCUGGCGGGCUUUCCUGCGUCCAAGAUGCGUCUGUUCUAUGUUGAUCAAGAGUUGAGGGAUACGCAGGGUCCAGAAGAAAUGAAAUACCCGACGAAGCAGCUGUACUCGUACAACAUGAGUUCGGGUGACGAGAUCAUAAUAGACUCUAAGUUGAAGCACUCUACUUCUGCCAACUCCACCGCAUCCGCGUAGCUAACGAGAUAAUAUUCUAUGCCAUAUAAUAUUUUUAUUCUGUGAUAAUAGACACAAAGUAAUCUAUAGAGCUGUUUGCAUAGAGGACAAGAGGUUUCACCAGUUUGUCCAUUUAUCUUUGAGAACCAACAUACAAAUAAAAUCGUCAACUUAUAGUUUUCAAAACACUGCCAACCAUUUAAUAUUUCAUUACCCCAAACGUCGUAUUUUUUAGAAUGUUUGGUGACUAUACAUAGGUACUUUGUUCGCCAAAUUUUGACUUAAAUAAAAUGAAAUCAAGGCUACGCAUAACCUAACCCAUUACUAAUUACUACGACUGAUACGUAGGGGCAAAAGCCGGCCGAGACAAUAGUCCGUAGAGACUUGCGCUUAACAACACCUGAGUGCCUUGUGCCACAACACAGAGUAUGAGCGGUAAUGCGUCGCCUGACAUAUGGAUUGGGAUAACUAAGCGACAAUCUUUAUAUAUAUUAAUUUGGCUUCAAGUCAAUAUAAAACUGGUUUUCCUGACAGUCGUUUCUCAAUUGCCUUGACUGCUCAUCAACAAUAAUGUUAAAACGUGGUGUCAUGUCUGUAGAAAUAUUAUUACUGUAAAUUGUAAGGUAUCAAAAUAAAACCGAGACAGGCCUAUAUUUUUUUAAAGAAAGGCUGCACAUAACAUAGGUAUGUAGCAAAAUCGUAUUUACAGAUAAAAUAAAAAAACAUGACUCCUUCCAUCAAGCUCAUCCAUUGCUUUACCCAAUCAAUCAUAGACAAAAUUUUAAUCUUUAUAAGAUAGCCUGUUUUAUUUGAUGUGUCAUCAAUACUACCUACAACAGAAUGCAUUCAAAUCUUAUACCUACUCAUGACACAUUAUCUUAUUAUAAUCUACAAAGAUAUUCAACCUAUAUGAUUUAUUUAUCAAAAAUAAUAUAGGUACCUAAUGCAAAUGCCAAACCUGUAGAAACCUGAUUUAUGCGUUUUCACCAAUAUAAUUUUUAUUGUAGUAUAAGUACUUAUUAAACAAUGGACAUUCAAGUGCCAAAAUUAUGCAAUUUUAUUAUUUAUCCAUUAAACAUACAUAAUUAAAAUCUGACCUAUUCUAGUCGAAAUGAUUAUAGAAUUUCAAAAUCAUUUUUUUCUCUAUAUUAUUGAGUUUAAAGGCCGGAACGCGGCGCUGCACAGCGCGGCACAAAGCGUCAAAAUAUUAUUUCAAUGAUCAAUCAUUUUGUAUGGUGCAUACCGUACUAGAAAUAUGCUGCACUGAGCGUCGCGGGAUAGUUGCGUCCGAGAGAAUAAUAUUUUGACGCGCAGCGCCAAAACGCGCAGUGCGACUCAGCGAGCGACGCGACGCGUCGCUUCAGUAUAACUACAUACUGUUGAUUGUUAAUUUUAUAGAAUUUUAUUUUCGACAUUAAUUGUGAAAUCGUGCAGAGUCAUUAAGAAGGCGAGGAAAUAAAUAGUGAAAUGCGCCUUUUUGAUAUUUCAGUAAUCCAUUUCAUCGCUCAUCUUGUGAUGUUGCUCGCUGGUACAGAAACGACUGCAGUUGUAAUACGAUUAGGUACCUACCUAUCGUCUAGCGACGCGCCGCACACUACCGCUCUAAUGCGGUCCGGCCUUUAAUCACAUGCAAUAGAGCACUAAUUUGAUCAGAUAUUUUUAUUUUAAACUGAGACUUAAGGAGUGUGGAGGUUAGGCUCAUUAACCUUAUAGGUGUUAGGUUAGGUACCUAACCACCUAGUUAAUACUGUAUAUUCUCUACCUUCCGAGUAAUCUAACGAUUAAUAUAAUGAAAUUUCAAAUAUUUACAUAAAUUUUAAUGGGUAGAUAGAGGUAUGCACAAAAACUUAUCAGUAUUUACAACGUGUUUACUAAUGUCACAAAUAUGAAUUAAUAUGGUUAGGAAUGUUUAGCCUAUCUAACUUUGUAUUAACAAUGCCUAGAUUAUUUCUAUUGAAAUUGGAUAUAACGUGUUUAUUUCCCAAUAAAAAAAUUUUCGCAAACAAGCGCCUGUACCAUAAGGAAAACUGAACCCCAUGACAAAAUACAACUGGGCUAUUAAACAGGAAAUUUUGUGAAAGUUUUUUUUGCAUAGUGUAGGUAUAUUUAAAAAUUAAGGCUACAUUUGAUGAUGUACAUGAAUAUAAAAAGAGUGAUACUUACUAACUGCCAUUUUAUAACAUUUUUAAGAAUUUCUUCAAUAGAGAGGUAAAUUUAAGUUUGCCAAUGGCUUGGUAUCAGUUUUAUUGAAUACAAUAUUGUUUAUAGACAUAGUAGAAAUAAAUAAAAAAUAUUAAAUAAA